GGUCUGCGACAGCUUGCGCAUCUAAAUAUCACGCAAAACUCGCUGUUGGACCGAAGUGGUCUAAGAAACCUCAAUGUGGCCAUGGCUGUCGACCCUCUCUCCCCGAUUGCGCCGGCGCGCAUUCGGGCUCUCCUUCUCCCCGUAGGUCGCAUCAAGCGGUCACGUUUUCUAGCUUUCGUGGAGCUAUUGCAGACGCAAUGUCUCAUCCGCUUGGGAGAUAUCAGUCCGGAUUCGAGACCAGACAGGAACAUGUUCUCCCCCUUGGCCUUCCCAAAUGGAACUCUGCUUUAUGAUUUGUCGACUUCAUUGCCACCACAGUCUCAGCUAUCUCUAUCCCCAUUCGAGCAGUUUAGAGAACCACUUCUAGUCAUCGGUAUCGCUGAUGCUACGGAAUAUUCCUGGCUAGAUGAGUCACGUGCUGAUGAUCCGGCCUCGCAGUCUGAAAAUGUCGCUGAAGAGUUGACUGAUAUCUCCACUUCCAUUGAAGAUCUUCGAGAACAAUUCCCCAGGGCCUAUCUUCACAGUUUGAUGAUGUUUGACUAUCAGUCUGCAUCUCGACAUCCUCAGCUUCCACAGGAGACGAUACUAGUACCCCCUAGAAGCCAACUCAAGACAACCACAAUACGAACAUUUAUGUGCGAUUUAACGUCUGUCUUUUUAGCGGAGCUGACAACACUGGCGAAAUCUAUCCAAGCGCUGCCAACAGUUCCCUCACCCGCGACCGCUCAGAAUGGCACUGCCGAUGCACCUUCCAGCUGGACAAGCUCUGACUCUUUAGGCACGCAGCUCGGUCGUCGGAAUUCUCAGAUACCCUCAAGCUCUAGACCAGAUUCGCCAGGGGCUCCAGGAUCCAAAGAAGUACAUCGAAUGUCCAUGCCUGUCCUGCCCUCUACAGCUCCCAGUAGUACUUCAACCCCAGAAGAUCCUCGAUCACAGUCUCCUACAACACAAGGCGCACGCACCCCGCCGACCACAUUUGACGAUAUAGCUGGAGUGAAUGCGCCGAACCCACUGAACCGCACAAACAGCAAUCCUAACAAAAGCCAAGCAUCAAGCCUUCGAGACUCUAGCAGUGACAGGUUUUCAAUCCAGGGUUUUGGCUCUGGUGGUGUUGGCGAACGCGCGCGAAACAAGGGCCGCGGUCGAGUCAGUAUCGUCAUUGGAACGCUGUACCUGAGUGCCGGAUUGUGGCACGAAGCAAUCGGAGAACUAGUGGAAGGUGCAACUCGAGCUCGCGCUUUCAGCGAUCACUUAUGGCACGCCAAGGCUCUGGAAAAUAUACUCGUUUGUCUUUUGUUGUUCGCAUGGGCAGGCAUGGAUUUCCAGAUACCACAACUGUGUUAUCCGAUCUCCGAUAAAUCGUCAGGCACGAAGUCUCCGCAGCAUACUCCAUCAAGCAGUGUUGCGAACAUUGCUACCGCUACCUCUGCACCAACGAGCCAUGAAGUGGCCCUUGAAUCUCUUAAUGCACUUAUCCCGGAUUUGGUCAACAUGAUAUUGAACAUCUACAACAGAGCUUCUAAUUUCAGCGGUGAAUCGCUCCCGCCUCUCGCCCAUUCAGAAUGCGUUAUCCGCUUUUCUAAGCUUCUGGCUGCGAUGAAUCUAUCAGCUGGGUCACUUGAUUUCGAUGCCCUGCAGCACCUCGUUCAAAGUACACCCUUGCGACAAAAGCCAAGAUUAUCUGUUCCCAGACUCAGUGUCAACCCGACACGGAAUGACAUUGCAAACUUGCUUUUCCGUGCUUUGCCGGCCCCAGAGUCAACGAGCGUCAAUCCCACAGACCGUGUGGUAAUACUCGCCGGAAUUGCGUCAAUCUUAUCAUCUUUAGGAUUACAGCGCAAGAAGGCAAUCGUCAUGAAAGAAUUCAUCACUUCACUCAUUCCUGGGCUAGUGCAGGCUAGGAAGGUUGGUGCAGCUGAGAUGGGAGUACAUCCGGCUGCGGGGCUAGCUGCUCUUAAUAUGGCAACCGGGGGCACAUCUGGCGCAGGUGCCUUGAACCUCGGGGAAGGCGAAGUGGAAAAUGGCAUCGAUCAAUUUCUUGGGCUUCUCGGGAGGAUAUAUGGCAUACCAGAUUCUCGGAAUGCACUCAAUUACUCGGGAUCACCGACUCCGGACCAUGAAACCGACCAAUCAAGGGCUCGCAAUAAGAACAGUCAGGCCGUUGUGGAAGAAAUACUUCAAAUAUCCUCUCUCAGGGCCUUUGGGAGUCUUAGUUUGAAGUUGGAUAUACUCCGUAUGUGCAUAGGUUUCUGCGAAGCCCUACCUGACUUCAACGGAGUGAUUCAUUUCACAGCAUUGUUGCUUCGAAUGGCUGGCCCAGGUACCGCGCCUAAGGCUAAUAGCACCGAUGUCUUCGUGUCUCUUACACGCGAGGAGCAAGCCCGGUUAUAUGGGAACAUUUCAAAAACAGUUGCCGCUGCUGCAAGAUUAGGGCUCCAGCAGGUUGACACCGAGUAUUGGGAUGAUUUCUUGGUCCGAGGAAUCUUCAUUGUUGAGGAGCCUCACGCUCUUCGACUAACUCACCAUCGCCCUAUAGAGCUCAAGGCAACAUCGACAGUGAAGGAGAGCCCAUUCAUUCACAACCCCUGGAUCAAACAACCAGCGACUAUCGCUACCGAGACCAUACUUGUCGCUGAAGAGAAAUACAAAUUCGUCAUAGCGCUUCAAAAUCCUUACGACUUCGAAUUGGGUGUCGACUAUCUAAAAUUAGCUGCUGAUGGUGUGGAAUUUGAUGCGCAUGAAGAAAACUUCGUCCUGGGGCCAUAUCGAACUCAGAAGUUUCCAAUUGUGGGAAUCGCGAAAUCUGCGGGAGAAUUGAACAUCAUAGGGUGUCUGGUCAAGGUUACUGGCUGCCGGGAGCGCCUAUUCCCAAUUUUCCCAGAGCCAUGGAAACCAGAGAGAGAAUCUAAGAUGAAGAAAAUAGGAUUGAAAGCUUGUUUAGGCGCCCCCGUCUCUCGACCAUCUUCUGCUGUUGCACCAAAAUCGGAAGCUCCGAUCAGUGCACCCAAGCCACAAUCUCUGUCGUUCUCCGUAAUCCCUGACCAGCCUGUGCUCACAUUGGCGAAUGUCUCCCUACCCCAAGAAUCGAUAAUGGUGCUCGAAGGGGAAAGCAGGAAAUUUAGUGUUACAUUACACAACACAUCACCAACCGCUACAGUGGAUUUCGUGCACAUCUCAUUCCGAGAUUCUGCAACUGCAGCCAUGCAGGCUGCCACCUCCAACAAAGAUCUUCCAGCGGCUGAGCUGCACGAGCUUGAAUAUCAGUUGGCGCACCUACCCUCGUUACGGUGGUGCAAGGACCACGACGAUGAGGAUAUCCGUAUUAAACCCGGAGAAAAGGCAACUUUCCAGAUCGAAGUUACAGGUCGUGCACGAUUGACUGAUGCCGUCAUUCAAUUCGAUUACGCAAAUCUCGGGAAGAGACGGUCGGAGAUCCAGGAUACCUUCUUCACAAGACAAUUAUCCGUCCCCAUAUCCAUCACCGUCAAUGCUAGUGUACAACUUCAGCGACCGGACAUUGUUCCUCUGUCGGGCGAUUUCGCAUGGUCUGGCACAGAGGCUUCUUCACCUACUCUAGCUCUGGGAGAGAAUAGCAUGUUUGCCUCAUUCCUAGAUCAUACCCGAACUGGAAGGAAGGGGAACGAAUAUUGCAUGGUUAUGUUGGACCUCCGAAAUUCUUGGCCCAACCCCCUCGAGAUCUCUCUGCAGGCAUCGUCGAAACCCGUUGAAGGAGAGUCGGACGCGGUAUGGAGCGAAUCAUACUCCGUGACCGAAACCAUACAGCCAGGACAUGUAAAUCGUGCUGUCAUCAUCCUGCCCAAGAUCUAUGUCGAGGACCCUCACGCCCCAAUUCCUUCGCUCAAUCCCGCCAACCAACGCCAAUUCGUUGUUAGCGCAAGCAAACUAUCUCCCGAUGCAGAGCGUCUCUCCAGAGAAGCCUUCUGGUACAGACAUGAAUUAUUGAAACAUAUCCGUGGCACCUGGAAGGAGGGUCACAAUGGCCGCCACGGUGAAAUUGAGCUCAGAGGCAUUCGUCUAUCGGCUCGAAUGAUUGAAGCUACUAGACUUGAUGAUAUCUUCAUUGAAACAACCGUUGUUCCCGCGGAUGGUGAUGGCGAAGAUGAAGAUGCCGACCGUGUUCGUCGUGCUGGACACGCCAAAUUCCAAGUCGAGGUCGAUGAAUUUCUCACACUGAAAACAACGAUACACAACCGCAGUUCGCGUCACAUAUCGCCGCUGCUUCGCCUACAACCUCACGUGGCUGGUCUUCCGCACAACAUCGCACUUGACCUCGACAAGCGGUUCUCAUGGACUGGAGUCCUCCAGCGCAAGCUCCCCGCUAUUACACCUGGGCAGUCUGUCGAAACAGAACUCGGCAUCGUUGCUCUGUGCAGUGGCGUGUUCGAGAUCGGCGCUGUCGUAGACGAAGUGGAGCUGUUGAAAUCUGAAGUCGAGACGACAGAAAACAGGGCAAGAAGUGGAACAGCAACAUUGUUGCAAGGAAAUGUUCUUGGAGAUCCCAAGCUAGGUUCAUGGUACAUGAAGGAGCCUUGCACGAUCGUCGCGAAGAGGGCGGCUAUUGAGUGAUCACUGCACGACACUGAGCGUUUGAGCGUUUUGCAUUUGACCUGUCAUAGAAGUGGCGAGAGCAUAUUUGCCCCUACAUAUCUUAACUCCUUUGGGCCAGAUCUCCUUGUAUAUGAAGAGACGAAACUAAGCUUCGACUAGCAGCACUGGAGCAUGUAUAAAGAUGAUUUAGAACUGAAUUGAAUGUCAAAUAUGAUGGUGGAG